ACUGUUUUUUAUUAGUACGACCGGCGAAACUUAUUCUCCAGUAGCAUUUACGUAAAAGUUUUUAGUAAAUAUGUCCCGCUCUAUACAACGCUGGAUGGGCCUCUGCCGGACGCAAAUACAGCCACGUACAUGUAGUCGCACAUUACAGCAACACCGCAGCUUGUCGGCGGCAACAACAGAUCCCUCAAAAGGCAAAGGUCCCAUAUCGUGGAAAAGCUUGGGCGUGAUUGGCGUGCUAGGUGCUGGCGGCCUGGGAUUCAUGCUGUAUGUGAAGAAAGAGAAAGAUGAGGCGCUGCUGUUGGAACGCAAACGUCAGCUGGGCAAGGCAGCCAUUGGCGGACGUUGGGAGCUAAUAGAUUCUCAGGGUCAAGUGCGCAAAUCGGAAGACUUUAUGGGCAAGUGGCUGCUAAUAUAUUUUGGCUUCACGCAUUGCCCGGACAUUUGUCCUGACGAGAUAGAGAAAAUGUCUCUAGUGGUCGACGAAGUCGAAAAAUCCCCACAAGCACCACCAAUACAGCCUAUUUUUAUAACUGUUGAUCCGGAGCGUGACUCCAAAGAAAUUGUGGGCAAAUAUGUAAAGGAGUUCUCGCCGAAGCUGCUCGGUCUAACCGGUACCGUCGAUCAGAUUCGUAAUGUCUGCAAGGCUUUCCGCGUCUACUUCAGUGCUGGUCCUCGAGACGAGGAUAAUGAUUAUAUAGUCGAUCACACAAUUAUUAUGUAUCUGGUCAAUCCGGAUGGAGAAUUUGUCGACUACUAUGGCCAAAAUCGGGACAAGGAUCAGUGUGUAGCGUCGAUUUUGGUCAACAUUGCUAAAUGGAACUCUUUAAAUAAGAAAGGCUGGUUUUAAAGUUGUUGAUCAGUUUUAAAUUCGUUUAUUAUAACUUAAUUUGUUGCUAAUAAAUUUU